AUUGUUCGAGUUAGCCCAAUUUUUACAGGACACCCAAAACCACAGUCAAAGCGCGAGCCCAAUCCAACUUCUUGGCUCUCUCUCUCUGUCUUUGUUACUCAUCUUUAUCGGCCUUUUGGGCUCUGUUUGGUUCUGUCACCAACUCAUCAGCGCUACCCUAGAAAUAUUAUCAACCCCCUUUACUGACUGAUCGGGUCCGUAUCGGAGAUCGUAGAGGAGGAAUUCCGUUUCACUCAUUGGCCGGAGAAGCAUUUACUUCACUCACAACAGUUUCAGGUUUGCCAUAGCCAAAAUCUGAAAGUCUUUUCUCAUUCUGUGUCUUCGUAUCAAGUAUGGAUUCAGACUUAUCCCCAUCUAUGGUAAAUCACCUAGAGCACACAAGUAUGGUCACGGACUUAUCAUUGUCUCCAAAGAAUGAAGACAAGAAGGAAAAGAAGAAGAAGAAGAAAAAGCAGAAGAAGGAAGAGAAGGAGAAGAGUCAAGAGUUGUCCGUUCAAGCAACUGUGGAAAUGGUCAAAGAACAGACUGACAAAUUGGCACCUCUUGUGGGGUAUUUCCCUUCUGGAUUUGAUCCGAAUAAGGACCCUUCUUCUACUAUUACUAGGGUUUUUAGAAACAAGGAUAAGCCUAAAAGACUCGAGCUUGUGGUCACUCCAAAUGCUACGUCAAAGGUGGAUUUUGUUGGAACCAACUAUUCUGGCGAAGCUGCAGCUGGUCAGCAUUGUAGCUAUGCGCUUGGAGUUCUUGACAAGGAAACUCAAACAUUGAAGAUUGUUCCUAUUGCUUCCAAUAAGAUAUUUAGACUAGAACCCAAAAUUCGAGGGCUGGUUGGACAGAAGUCAGAGCAAACAGAACCUUCUAAAUUGAAAUCAGAACAGAUGGAAGAGCUAACUAAUCACUAUGGUACAAUAAGGUCAAGAAGAGAGGCUGAGAAGUUACGAGUUCUGCAUAAAGAACACGAUCCUAGCUCUCAAAGAGAUCUGCUUGGGACCAUUAAUCAAAUUGCUGUGAAGAAAGAGGACAUUGGAAGUUCUGAGGUUCAUGGCUCCCGCAAUACCCCACCAUAUAAUUCAGCUGCUGCUACUCCUCAGGAGGCUUACCCAUUGGAGAAGAUCAUUUUUGAAGGAGAAUGGGAUUUCCUACUUGAAGAUAUAUAUGACCUUUUGCAAACAGAAACAGAAGUGACUUGGGAUGCUUAUCCAACCUUUGUUGCCAAUAGAAUACAUAAGUUGCACGAAAUCAAGGAUGAAGAGGAGAAGAAGAGGCUGUCUUGCGUUUUCUCAUACAUUACCCAUCUUGUGAAGUUUAAAGAUAAGCACUCAAUGGAUCAUUUUUCCUCCGCAAAGAAGCACAGGUUGCCAAGAAUUAUACUCCAGAAGUUUUCAUCCAUGUUUGAAGACCCAGACUCUCACAAACUGUCACCAGAUAAACACAGUCUUCUCAUUAGUUAUGUAUUGGUACUCACACUACAUGCUGAUGGAUUCCGAGCAAAUUUGACAGAUAUAGCAAAGGAUUUGAAACUAGAUACAGGAACUUUGAGAGAGCAUUAUGAGCACUUGGGUUGCAAGCUUGUUCGUGACAAGAAAACGUUGGUUGCAACCCUUCCUACUCCUCUCAAGUUUCCCUCAAUGAGGCAGAAGCGCCGACAAUAGUCUAACUUUAUGUUUUCGGCUUAGGUUUGGUACACAAAGUGUUGAUGUUUUUCUUUGUAUUCAAUACAAUAGUGCCAUACUCAUUGGGAAUAGUUUCGCUUUUGAAAGUUUAAGUUUGUUGAUUCAGGCUUGCACCAUUUUUGACAAAGUCGUGUUGUAUUAAUGAAUUUUAUGAACGUAUUAAAAUUGACCUCAUUCAACCCAAAAAAAGAAAA